AUUAUCGCCACACACACACACUACUGGUCGGUGUGUACCAGAUAGUACAAUGUCUUUGUAUCUUGCCUGGCUGCCAUGGCUAGUCGCCUCCCUCUUCGCCAUCUACCUGCUCGACCUCUUCGCCCACGCACGCCGCCGCCUCCCUCCAGGCCCCACUCCCCUGCCACUCAUCGGCAGCCUCCACCUCCUGGGCGACCAGCCGCACCGCUCCCUCGCCCGCCUCGCCGGGACCUAUGGCCCGCUCAUGUCCCUCCGCUUGGGUGCGGUCACCACGGUGGUCGCCUCCUCCCCGGACGCCGCCCGCGAGAUCCUGCAGAAGCAUGACGCCGUCUUCGCCACCCGCUUAGUAAACGACGCCGUGGGCGACCACACCAGGUACUCGGUCGCCGCGCUCCCCAUCGGACCGCGCUGGCGCUCGUUGCGGAAGACCAUGGCCACGGAGCUCUUUGCGCCGCACCGGCUCGACGCGCUCAAGGGCCUCCGGAGCGACAAGGUGCGGGAGCUCGCCGCCCACGUCGCCCGGCUUGCGAGCGACGGUGCCGAGAUUGACGUCGGCCGCGUGGCGUUCACGACGAUCCUGAACCUCCUAUCCGGCACCAUCUUCUCGAGGGACCUCACGAGCCUGGACGACCACGGCGGGUCCAAGGAGUUCCAGGUGCUGGUGGCCGAGAUCAUGGAGGCCGGGGGUUGUCCGAACGUGUCGGACUUCUUCCCGGCGCUCGCGCGUGCCGACCUGCAGGGGCUGCGCCGGCGGAUGGCGAGGAUGUUCGCGCGGCUGCACGUGGUGUUCGACGCGGAGGUGGACCGGCGGCAGCGGAGGCGUGAGGACGGCGAUCCCGGGAAGGAGAGCGAGGACUUCCUCGACGUGCUGCUCGACGUCGCGGCGCGUGACGGCGCCAAGGCCGGCCUCGACCGCGACACGCUGAGGUCGCUGUUCACGGAUUUGUUUGUUGCAGGCAGUGACACAAGCUCUAGCACGGUGGAAUGGGCGAUGGUGGAGCUUCUCCGGAACCCAUCAUCAAUGGCGAAAGCCCACGAGGAGCUCACACAAGUCAUCAACAUGAGGAGGAGCAUCGAAGAAUCUGAUAUUGACCAAUUGCCAUACCUUCAAGCCGUAGUCAAGGAGACAUUUCGGUUGCAUCCUCCGGUUCCAUUGUUGCUACCGCGGCAAGCCCAAGCAAAUGUAAGUAUAGCGGGUUUCAUGGUGCCCCAAGGCGCCCGUGUGCUGGUGAAUGUGUGGGCUAUGGGCCGAGACGAAGGCAUCUGGCUUGAACCAGACAAGUUCAUGCCGGAGAGGUUUCUCGGGACGACGGUAGACUACAAAGGUGGUGAUUUCGAGCUCCUCCCGUUCGGUGCAGGGCGGCGGGUGUGCCCUGGGAUGCCGUUAGCAAGCAGGAUGGUGCAUGUGGUCCUCGCAACAUUGUUGAAUCAGUUCGAGUGGAAGCUCCCGGUGGAGGUGGAAAGGACAGGGAUUGAUAUGACUGAGAAGUUCGGGGUGAGCCUCACAAAAGUUGUUCCUCUUUGUGCUAUAGCUAUACCAAUUUGAGCGAAAAAUUAAUAUAAUAAUGUGUCAUCCUCAUUUGUCUCUUAGAACAAGUUGUUCCUCUUUGUGCUAUAGCUAUACCAAUUUGAGCGAAAAAUUAAUAUAAUAAUGUGUCAUCCUCAUUUGUCUCUUAGAACUAUACCUCACUAUUACGUGUGAAGUGUGCUUCGUUACAAGAUGAGCAGACCUUGUGAGGUAGGAUCCUAGUAUAUAUUUAAGAUCAAAUUUUGGAUGUGC